AUGUCCAACACUAGCAGCCCAAAGAGCCGAUCUCCGCGAUCGCCCCAGGAUCCGUCGGUGGCAGUCAACGAAACAAUCGCAGUUGACGACCCUCAAGAUGAGGAGGAGGACUUGACCUUGGGGUCUGACGCUGAGAGCUCGACUGCCUCUAUUUCAUCGAGCAUUCUUAAUUAUCGUACGAUCAAUGGCAGAACCUUUCACAGUGAGAGAGGAAACGCGACGUACUGGGGAUCGAACGAUGAGCGCCAAAGCGAUGCCAUGGAUAUCGCAUCACUACCCAGUCACCACAUAUGGACACUCGCCCACGACGGAGAGCUUUACUUUGCGCCUCUGGAAGACAACAUACAGAAAGCUCUUGACGUUGGGACUGGAACUGGUAUUUGGGCUAUUGACUUUGCGGACAAAUUCCCUGGGUGCGAGGUCAUUGGUACCGAUAUUUCGCCCAUCCAGCCCGGCUGGGUCCCACCCAACUUGAAAUUUAUCAGCGAGAUCGAAGAUUGUACCCAACAGUGGACAUUCCCAUCGGAGUCAUUCGAUUACGUCCACCUUCGUUAUCUGGUCGGCUGCAUCCCAGACUGGACAGAGCUUUUCAGCCAGGCAUACAAGACUCUUAAGCCUGGUGGCUGGGUCGAGAGCUUUGAGAUUUCUCCGACUGCAGAAAGCGACGAUGGUACCGUCACAUAUGACUCUGCAAUGGCUCAGUGGGGAAGGAUUUUUAUCCAGGCUUCCGAGAAGAUCGGCAAUAGCUUUACCGUUGUCGACGAUAAAGUCCAGAGGCCUGCUUUACAAGAGGUGGGAUUCGUCGACAUUCAUGAGUGGGAAUUUAAGUGUCCCUUGAACCCGUGGCCCAAGGACCCCAAGCUUAAAGAGAUUGGUCGGUUUGGAGAGGUCUUCCUCACCCAGGAUACUGAAGGUUUUGUAACAUUGGCCGCCAAUCUAUUGGGGUGGUCGAUUGAGGAGGUCCAUGUUUAUAUCGCCAAGUUCCGACGUGAGAUUCGGAACCGGAAACAUCACGUCUAUAUACGUCUUAGGGCUGUCUGGGCACGUAAGCCAGAGGCAAAAGAAGAGCCGACACCCGCAUACGCAUGA